AUGACCGUUGAUGAGACUAACAGAUCAUUCAAGAUUGUUAUCAUAGGAGGAGGCCUAGCCGGCUUGGCUACUGCUCAUUCUCUGGCACGAGCUCAGAGGGAAGGUAGAGUAUUCACUAGCCUCACAGUGACGGUAUAUGAACAACGAAGUGAAGAGUCAAGCUUCGUCAAGUAUCCCAUGCAUAUUGCACCGGAUGCUCGCUCAGCUCUACAAAACAUCCUUUCACCAGACUCUUACGCGGAUCUGGUCUCAAGAUCAGACUACGGUAUCACUCAUGGUGGGAUUACCAUUCUCACUCCUCAACUGACUCGUCUCUACGCCAGUCAGAAGUACGAAGGCGAGCAACCUCAAUAUGUCAGUCGAGGAGUUCUGAAGAAAGUUUUGGAGGAAGGCGUGGACCUGGUCAAGGGCAGACGGGUUGUAAGAGUCAGAGAAGUUGAAGAGAAAGUCGAGGUAGUCUUCGAAGAGGGUGGAAGUGAAUUGGCAGAUUUCGUCAUUGGAGCGGAUGGUGUUGGAUCAAUCGUUCGAUCUCAACUAUUCCCUACCCAUUCGCAAUUCCCUUUACUCCCUCAUGCCGUUGUCCAAUUUAAACUUGCCACACCUCUUUCUCGACUUUCCUCGCUUCCCGAUAAGCAUGGUAAUAACCUUAUACUCGGUACUCAAUCCAGCUCUUUCCAAAUCGUUCCACUUGCCGGAACUGCACUCCCGACCAUGACACCUGGAGCAGCAUUGAAUCUGUCUGGACAAGGACCUUUCGCGGAACCUGAUAACAGUAUCAAGGAUAUUCACACAGCAUUGGAAGAUCCCAAAUCUGGUUACAUAUUUGUCAGAAUGAUAGUCCCAAGUUUUACGGGAUGGGAAGAUCUAACGGAAGGUGCUUGGAUCGAAAAAGCGAUCAAACUUCUCAAAGACGAUGUUGCAGACCACCAGAUUGUUACAGCGUUUGAGGAAGAUAUCAUUCCUGGUACAGUGGCUGCUUGGGGUAUCGUCAGCUCAUCAGUAGGAAAUUCAAUGCCUUGCAGAGAGGGAAGAUUGGUAUUGAUAGGCGAUGCAAUGCACGCUAUGCCUCCCACAGGCGGUGCGGGUGGAGCUACUGCUUUCAAAGAUGCCGAAGGAUUAGUGAACACACUCUUGUCAUCUACAGAAUUGGGUGGAACAGAUGGACCACUUCACACUCUCCUCCCUACUUUUUAUGAGGAAAGUACUGCCCGUAGCGAACAAUAUCUUAAAGACGCCUUGCAUCGACUGGAAGUCUCAAACCAAUCUGGAUUUCAGGCAUGGAUUCAUCGAGGACUAUUGAAGGGCAUGGAUUGGUACUAUCCUUUAUCACAUUGGGUGGCCAGUCUGUAG